UUGUGUGUGGCAGAGCUGGAGCUCCUGCCAAGCUGGUUUAACCCGCCGAUGGUCGUCACGGGCCGUAAGAAGCCACCAGAUCAGUUUGAAGGGAGCCCUGUUGAGCUUUACUAUACUAUCCAACCAGGAGACGAGAAGGGAGAGUGUACUGCCGAGGAUAUAAGGAAGGGAAAUGCUAUUCGGCCAGGAAAAGAUGGCAUGGAUGAAACCGUGUCCCACUUACAGAGGAUUGGAUCCGUCAGCCUCUAUCGUGGCCAGGAGACUUCUCAGCUAACGGAGCUACGGCUGGAUAGUAAUAUUGUUGUCUGGUUGCCCUCAAAGCCUGUCAAACAAGGAGAGGUUGUGAAUGUUUAUGUGACAAUUGCCAACAAUUCUACGGUGGAUCAGUUCAUACUCAGGGCAAAGGUGAAGAAAGGUGUGAACAUUCUCAGUGCAAAGACAAGUGACCCCCGGCAGUGGGAUGUGAAACAAGAAGUGGGGAAUGGUGGAAAGCAUUCGACCACAACAGUUAUUUGUCAGAGGAUAGCACCAAGUUCAAGGAACAGAAGUAACAGUUUAUUCAAUGAGGUCGUGCAGAUGAACUUUGAAAUAGCCAGUUUCAGCAGCCUUUCUGGAACCCAGCCCAUCACCUGGCAGGUGGAAUACCCUCGGAAGGGGACAACGGACAUAACCUUGUCUGAAAUCUUCAUCUGCCAGAAGGAUCUUGUUGGAAUUGUUCCAUUGGCGAUGGAUACGGAAAUUCUGAACACCGCAAUUCUCACGGGAAAAACAGUGGCAGUGCCCAUCAAAGUGGUCUCCAUUGAGGAGAACAGUGCUGUGACAGACAUCUCUGAAUCUGUUGAGUGCAAAUCCUCUGAUGAAGACGUCAUUAAAGUUUCUGACAGAUGUGACUAUGUUUUUGUCAAUGGCAAAGAAAUGAAAGGCAAGGUGAAUGCACUUGUGAACUUCACGUAUCAGUAUCUGAGUGCUCCUCUGCAAAUCACAGUCUGGGUUCCACGCCUGCCUCUUCAAAUUGACAUUUCGGACACAGAACUGAGCCAGAUCAAAGGCUGGCGAGUCCCUGUUGUUUCCAACAAAAGACCAACCAGAGACAGUGAUGAUGAGGAUGAAGAUGAACGGAAAGGAAGAGGAUGCACUCUGCAGUACCAGCAUGCUAUGGUGCGAGUCCUCACCCAAUUUGUAGCUGAGGAUUCUAGCCCUUGGGGUCAGCUGAACUACUUACUGGGCUCAGAUUGGCAGUUUGACAUUACGGACCUGGUGAUGGAUUUUAUGAAACUGGAGGAUCCUCACAUUGCCAAGCUGCAGGAAGGCAGGAUUUUGAUCGGUCGGGAAGUAGGAAUGACAACGAUGCAGGUUUUGUCUCCUCUGUCUGACUCCAUCCUGGCAGAGAAGACAGUGACUGUGUUAGAUGACAAAGUGACCAUAACAGACCUUGGAGUGCAGCUGGUGGCUGGGCUUUCACUCUUUCUUCAGCCAAGCGCUGCAAGUAGUCGGGCUAUUGUGGCUACAACCGUUGCCCAAGAGCUGCUUCAUACUCCUAAGCAGGAAGCUGUAGUAAGCACCUGGAUUCAGUUCAGUGACAGCUCUGUUACUCCGCUGGACAUUUAUGACUCUAAGGACUUCUCCCUUUCUGCUGUAUCAUUAGAUGAAGCUGUUGUCUCGAUCCACCAGGACGCUGCCUUAAAAUGGCCAGUUGUGGCAGCAGAAGGUGAAGGUCAGGGCACUUUAAUCAAGGUGGACAUGAUGAUUUCUGAAGCCUGUCAAAAGUCCAAGAGGAAAAGUGUCCUGGCUGUGGGGAAUGGCAACAUCAAAGUCAAGUUUGGCCAGAACGAUGCAGACUCUGAUACAGGUGGAGAUUAUGAUGCUGAUGAGAUUGAAAACCACGCUAGUGACCGGCGGCACAAAGUGUCGGAUCAGGAACGGUAUGGCCAGGAUGGACGAUACUAUGGUAGCUCUUCAGCAGAGCGAGAGGAAGGCGCCAUCAGGAAAGUCAGCACAACAGCAAAAUCCGUAAUAAAAAAUAAAGUAAUUAAAAACAAUAGGCUGGAUGGUGGCAAAAUCUCAGACGAUAGCCAGCUGCAGAACAUUCCUAUAGACUUCACCAACUUCCCUGCUCAAGUAGACCUCCCAAAAGGCAACGCGGGUAUGGAGGAAAAUGACCUGGUACAGACACCUAGGGGCCUUAGCGAUUUGGAGAUCGGGAUGUACGCUCUGCUAGGGGUCUUCUGCCUGGCAAUUCUAGUCUUCCUUAUAAACUGUGCAACAUUUGCACUGAAGUAUCGUCACAAACAGGUUCUGGUGGAAGGACAGGCCACCAUGACCCAUUCUCAUGACUGGGUCUGGCUGGGAAAUGAAGCAGAACUUCUGGAGAACACAGCAGAUGGAUCACCUCAGCAGGAUGAGCACACAACGAUUAUUGACCGAGGGUCGGGUUGUGAGGAGAGCAACCAGCUUCUCGAUGGCAGUGCUCAGAAGAAUAUUCAGAGCCAGGUUCACAGGUGUGCUGACUCAGGGGGCAAGCUUGGAAAGGAACAGAAAUCUGAACCUUUACAUUCACCGACAUCUAAACGGAAGCGGGUAAAAUUCACGACAUUCACUACCAUCCCACCCGACGAUGGUUGUCCUACUGUCAACUCAAUCCUAAGUAGCAAUGACGAUGACAUUAAGUGGGUGUGCCAGGAUAUGGACCUGGGGGACUCCAAAGAGAUACGAAACUACAUGGAAAAGUUCAAAGACAAAGUGUAGCUCCUUGCUGGUUUUUUGGGUUUAACCACACCUUGAUGCCUUCAGUUCUACAGUAUAUAUUGGGACAGAAGAGGGGGAGGGGAAGGAACCACCAGGAGAAAUGAUGAGGCAGUUUUUAUAAUCAGGGAAAGAAAUUUGCCAAACUGUCGAUGGUUUAUUUUUGUUUUUCACUUUGUUUUGUUUUUCCAGCAGUUAUUCAGCUACUCAUGGAUUUAGAAAGUGGAAUAUAAAUAGCAGAAAGGAACAAGGAAAUGGUAUGACCAUUAUGAUGAACUGGGCAAGAUGAGGUUGUGAAAAUUUGUUUUAUGGGUCAUACAAAUAAUAAUGAUAGUAGUAUUUCAAAGUACCAAAAAUAUUUGUAAAAAGAAAAGAGAGAAUAUAGGAGCAUGAAAAGAAUAAGCAGGAGACAAACAAUAACUUAUCUGUGUUUCUAAUAAAACAUCACAAUUAUGGACAUAUGA